GUUCAACCUUUCCUUGUCCCUAAAGACACAGUCUUCUUCUGGCCUCAUCUUUUACGUGUCGGAUGUCCACGAGGACAACUUUAUGGCUCUGUACUUGACCCAUGGAAAACUUGUUUACACRUUCAACGUUGCAGACAAAAAAGUUAAACUCAAGAGUGUGGAAAGAUGUAAUGACAGUGCGUGGCACAAUGUCCGUUUGAUCCGUGAUGGGAGCUUUGGUCAGUUAAUAAUCGAUGGGCUCACAGAGCUGGAGGACCAAGUUCAGGAAAAGAGCGUUCCCUGGAGGGUCAGUGACUCCCUCUUCAUUGGAGGAGUUCCUCCUGGAAGAGCCCAGAGGAAUAUUCAGAGAAACUCAGCUUACAGCUUCUCUGGCUGUCUGAAGGACCUUCAGCUCGAUGGACACCCCCUGUCCUCUGCAGCGGAGACCUUUGGGGUCACUCCGUGCUACGAGGGGCUCUCUGAGGCCGGAACAUACUUCUCAGAAGGAGGAGGAUACGUGSUUCUGGAUGAAACAUUCGAGCUGGGCCUGAGGUUUGAGCUGGUGCUGGAGGUGCGCCCCCGUGUGGCAUCAGGUGUGUUACUGCAUGUGCGCAGAGCUGAAGGCUACUUCAUCGUCUACAUUCAUCAAGGAGCGUGAUCCGAGACAGCAACGUUGUCCAGCUGGAUGUGGACUCUGAGAUCCGCCAUGUUGUGGGGCCAGUGAACCCCAGUGCCACAGACACCAGGAGGCCAGUGUUUAUUGGUGGAGCUCCAGAUCUGUUCCUUCCAGACAGCAUCGCCACCAGGAAGCCCUACGUGGGCUGUGUGAGGAACGUGAGCAUCAACCAGAGCCAGGCCGCCUUCAGCAAGGCUGUUCUGGUCAGUGGAGCUGUCAGCGUUGGAACCUGUCCAGCAGUGUAACUCUUUUAAUCAAUAACCAUCCCAAAAUGGUGCUGACCAAACUCAAUGUAGAAAGUGUCUUAAACAUACCCACUAAAAGUGUCAACUUUUGUUUUCAUUUGGUUUAAUGCCUAUUUAUGUCUGUAAUGGGUUUUUAUUAUUUUUAGGUUUUUGUAUCACUUAAAAAAAGGAAAAAGACAAAACACUGAAAUUUGAUUUUAUUGCCAUUUUUAUUCUAUAUGACACUUUCUGAUGUCUUUAAGUCAAGAUUUUAUCACAAACUCAAGCUGAAAACAUUACUGUUUUGUACUUUCUCAUUUUUGUUAAUAAAUCCUAUUUUACAUCCACA